AUCUCAUUGUUCUCCACGAAAAUAUCAAUCCGUAUUAAUUAAUCAUGCAACUUUAAAUAAAUCCGAACAAGAUCCCACCGCAUUUUCUAAAUCUGAGGGUUAACUUUUUGCCACGUAGCUGAAUCGAAAAGCCAAGUUUAGUAUACAUUUUACCAAUUUUUCCAUUUUUAAUUUAUGAUUUUCAUUUUGUUUUUGGUUAUUUUCGAUCUAAGCCCUUACUCUCGUGAAACUGAAGGAAACCCUAGACUCGUCCCGUCUCUCACGGUAAAAAAAAAAAGAAAAAAAAGAAGGAAUUUCAGAAAAAGAAUUAUCAACAAAAAUAAUUUUAAAAAAUCGACAAAUCUAUUAGGGAUUUAGGGUUCAAUUCAAAAUCCCUAGAUUCUAACCUAGCCUACGCUCGUACUCUUGAUAUUCACUAUUCGGCGGAGAAAUUGAUGUUCUUUUAAGCACCGAUCCAGAUCUGAAUCAUGUGUGAUGUGAAUGUGAAAAGUGGGGGAUUUUGUUUUCCCUGUUUGGAUUGAGGGAUUGUUAAUGGAAAAUAGAAUAGGAAACUCUCAUGGAGCGGAAAUUCCUAAGAAAUCAAGAUCUUUGGAUCUUAAGAGUUUGUAUAAAUCUGGUGAUUCAAAGGAGUCUUCUGAAAAUAGGAGCUUGAAGAGGAAAGAAAGUUCGCAAGAAGGUGAUGGUGAGAAGAGAAGUAAUAAUAAUAACAAGAGAAAGAAGAGUAGGAAAUCUCUGCCUCUCAGUAGUUUUAGAACCGUCCAUGAUAGCGAUAGUAGCAAGAGUUUAACUGAAGUGUAUAAUGGGGGGUUCAGUUCGAAGUUGCAUGAUCCAGAAAGCUUGAAGAAGUUGGGUUUGAGCCAGAAAUUAAACAAUGGCUGUACUGCUGAUGGCAUUUCAGUUAGUUUGGGCAACAAUGGUACUAAGAUCCCAAGGCGUAAACGACGGUUUGUGGGCCGGAAAAAAUUUGAGGAUGGGCAAGCGCUGAAGUUGGCAGGGCGGUCUAAUUGUAAAGAAGUUGUUAAUGAGGAAGUGAAGUUAGUCAGUGAAGAUUCUGGCAUUCAGAAUGAGUCUUUGAAGGUUAAACAGGAUAAGAUUGAUGAUUUUAAGGAAAACCGGAACAGUGAGUCCAUUUCAAUUCAGCAUUUGAAGGAAGAAGAUGGUGUUGCUGGUUACUUAGCUGUAAAUGAUGGUGACUCUUUGCUAAGAAAACCACAGAGGAAGCCUAGGAAGAGGAAAGAUUCUGUAAAGAGUGAUAAAAGUGUUGCUAACAUGGCUGAGAGUUUAGUAGAGACUUGUGACGCCUUUCAAGAAGAUGAUGAAGAGAAUCUAGAAGAAAAUGCAGCAAGGAUGUUAUCAUCACGGUUUGACCCAUGCUGUACUGGCUUUUCUUCAAACAGCAAAGUUUCUGUGUCACCAUCUGAUAAUGGAUUAUCUUUUCUCUUAUCUUCCGGUCAGAAUGCUAGUUCUGGGUCUAAGAAUUUGUCUGGUUCUGAAUCUGCUUCUGUUGAUGCUUCUGGUAGGAUAUUGAGACCACGGAAAAGUCAUAAAGAGAAGGUCAACUCAAGGAAAAGGCGCCAUUUUUAUGAAAUUUUCUCUGGAGACUUGGAUGCUGACUGGGUGUUGAAUCGAAGAAUCAAGGUGUUUUGGCCUUUGGACAAGAAUUGGUAUUAUGGCCUUGUCUAUGACUAUGACAAAGAGAGAAAGCUUCAUCAUGUCAAAUAUGAUGACCGUGAUGAGGAAUGGAUAGAUUUACGGAAUGAGAGAUUUAAACUCCUGCUAUUUCCUAGUGAACUUCCCUGCAAAUCCCAACGGAAAAGAACUCGGCGAGAUAGAGGUUCUGAUGAUAGAAUCAGGAAUGUGAAGCUCAACAAAGAGAAUGGAAAGAAAAAUUUCAUGACAGAAGAUGACAGUUCUAAUGGGAGCUAUAUGGAUUCUGAGCCCAUCAUCUCCUGGUUGGCUCGCUCAACUCAUCGUGUCAAAUCCUGCCCUUCGCGAUCCAUGAAGAGACAGAAAACAUCUGCUUCAUCUCUUAGUUCUCCUGGUCAACCAUUGUCGUGUGAUGAAGCUGUUGAUGAAAAUGGUUGUCUCUAUGAGGGUUCAUUGAAGGGAAGCAAAGUUAAAUUGUUCAAUUCCACUGCAUUGCCAGGCAAAUCGGUUGGUAGCAGAAGGGUCCAGGAUUCUUCCUUGGGUAGCACUAGUUACUCCAACAGAAAACAUCCUAUCGUAUAUUUUAGAAGGCGUUUUCGCAGGACAGAUAAUGUAUUGUGUCAUGCUUCUAAAGGCAAUUGUAUCACCAGUAGUGCUUCUGAAUCUAUCACAUCCUUUGUCUGUGUUGAUGAAUUUCAGGAUUUGGGUGUAGUUGAUGCUUGCCUGGGAAGGCUGGAUCCUGAACGAGAUUUGUUGUUUAGUGAUAAUGCAGGGCAGUUACAAUUAAAUAUCUCAUUGAUACAUUCAAAACAAUUCAGGCUUGGGUUGAGCUUCCCUGUGCCCUCUGUCUCAAAUAACUUAUUUGGUACAAAGUGCCUUUGGCUAGUUCGUACUUUUUUGUUGCUGCAGUGUGGUACAGUGAUGACUGUCUGGCCAAUGGUCCAUAUGGAGAUCCUUUUCGUCGAUAAUGAAGUUGGACUCAGGUUUUUCCUGUUUGAAGGUUCCCUGAAACAGGCUAUAGCUUUUGUUUUCCAGGUCCUGAUGGUAUUUUAUCGACCCACUGAGCAGGGGAAGUAUACUGGUAUGCAGUUGCCUGUAACUUCAAUCAGGUUCAAAUUAUCUUGUUCUCAAGAUUUCAGGAGGCAGAUUGUCUUUGCUUUUUACAACUUCCAUGAUGUGAAGCAUUCAAAAUGGAUGUUCUUGGAUUCUAAGCUGAAAAAACAUACUCUGCUCAAUAGGCAAUUACCUCUGUCUGAUUGCACUUAUGAUAACAUUAAGGCGCUUCAGAAUGGAACUAAUCAGCUACUUGGUUCCCCUGCUUGCAAAGUCUCCUCAUCAGUUGAGGGUUUAAGUAGGAGAAAGUAUAGGCAGGGUAUCAGCCUUAUGGGUGUCUCCAGAGAAUCUAGUUUUCUGAAACUUGGCCAGUUUUCUUGCAAUUCUGAGAAGCUUAGAAAUCUUCCUCGGUUUGCCCUUUCUUUUGGUGCUGCACCAACAUUCUUUCUUAGUUUGCAUCUUAAGCUAAUUAUGGAACGUAGUCUAGCUCGCAUUAGCUUUGGCGAUCAUGACUCCAUUGAGCAACCAGGAAGCUCUGGUAAUUUGUUGUUGGAUGACAGUUCUAGUAGAGAUGACUCCAUGAACAACAAUUCUGAAAGUAGCGUAGAAAAAAAUCUGAAGGCUUCAUCGAAGGAAGUUGCUUCUGAUGCUGAGUUAACAUCUGAUCUCUCUGGUUGUGGUAAUGGAUGCUUGAAAAAGUCCUCUCGAGAGUACAAAAAUAAUGAUCAAAUUGUUGAUGGAACUUUUGCCAGUUCUCAUGAACCUGAAGUUGGAGCCAUAGCCUCAGUUCCAUUACAAAAGCAACAAUGUGACAAUUCUGAGUCUCAGCAAUUUGUUUUGUUAUCAAAGUCUCCAUUUGAUGCUGAUAAGGAGACUGCAAGGUCUGGUUCCAUUUUGAGUGGCAUUAGGGUUGAGAUUCCACCCUUUGAUCAAUAUGGAAAGCAUGUUGACAGUGAAUUACCCAGUACACGACAGUCUACUGAUUUAACUUUGAAUAUGAACAGUGGCAUUAUCCCAAGUCCUAAUCCUACUGCUCCUAGAAGUACAUGGCAUCGAAAUAGAAGUAGUUCAUCGAUUGGUUUUCAUGCUCAUGGGUGGUCAGAUGGGAAGGCUGAUUUCUUUCACGGUAAUUUUGGAAAUGGACCUAAGAAGCCACGAACUCAGGUGUCAUACUCAAUGCCCCUUGGAAGUUUAGAUUACAGCUCAAGAAGUAAAGGCCUGCAGCAGAGAGUUCUUCCUCACAAGCGAAUUAGGAGGGCUAAUGAGAAGAGAUCGUCUGAUGUUUCUAGAGGCUCCCAGAGGAACUUGGAUUUAUUAUCUUGUGAUGCAAAUGUACUAAUUACUAUUGGUGACAGAGGAUGGCGAGAAUGUGGAGUGCAGGUUGUGCUAGAGCUUUUUGAUCAUAAUGAAUGGAAGCUGGCUGUGAAAGUGUCGGGGUCUAUGAGGUACUCUUACAAGGCACAUCAGUUCCUGCAGCCCGGAUCUACCAAUCGCUUUACACAUGCUAUGAUGUGGAAAGGAGGAAAGGAUUGGAUCUUGGAGUUCACAGACAGGAGUCAGUGGGCUCUUUUCAAGGAGAUGCAUGAAGAGUGCUACAACCGAAAUGUUCGAGCUGCUUCUGUGAAGAACAUUCCUAUUCCUGGGGUUCGCUUGAUAGAGGAAUAUGAUGAAAACGCAGUGGAAGUGGCAUUUGUUCGCAGUUCUUCCAAGUACUUACGUCAGGUUGAAACUGAUGUCGAGAUGGCUUUGGAUCCAUCCCGUGUUUUAUAUGACAUGGAUAGUGAUGAUGAACAGUGGAUUUCGAUAAUUCAGAAAUCUUCUGGAAGUGAUAUUGGCAAUUCUUUGGAAUUGUCUGAUGAAAUGUUUGAGAAGAUUAUGGACAUGUUUGAGAAGGCUGCAUAUACUCAACAGUGCAAUGAGUUUACUUCUGAAGAAAUACAGGAGCUCAUGGCUGGAGUUGGGUCCAUGAAAGUAAUCACAGCAAUCUAUGGGCAUUGGAAGCAGAAGAGGCAGAGAGUUGGAAUGCCUUUGAUUCGUCAUCUCCAGCCGCCAUUGUGGGAAAGGUACCAGCAGCAAGUGAGAGAGUGGGAGCAAGCAAUGUCCAAAGCUAACUCUAAAUCCAUUGAGAAGCCACCCAUGUUUGCUUUCUGCAUGAAACCCCGGGGUUUGGAACUUCCAAAUAAAGGGUCAAAGCAUAGAUCCCAGAGGAAAAUAUCAGUUUCCGGUCAAAGUCAACAUGCCUUGGUAGAUCACGAGGGCUGUCAUUCCUUUGGCAGAAGAUCAAAUGGCUUCCUGUUUGGGGAUGAAAAGGUUCUAUAUCCUGCACAUAACUAUGAAUCAUUAGAAGAUUCCCCACUGUCUCAAGCAUCACCAAGGUCACGAGAUGCUGGUAACAUGGCGUAUUUCCCAAUGGGCAGUGAUAGGUUUGAUAAGAAUCAUAUCAAGAAACUUCAAAGAAGCAAGUCAAAAAAGUAUGGCAGUUUUCUACCAUCAAAUGGACCACAAAUGAUGGAUUCAUACAAUCACAGGCUAAUUGGCAAGAGAAAUGGAAUUCACCAAUGGAACAGGGGCAUUUGUGAGUGGUCAAGCCAGCGGCAUUACUUCUCUGAUAGCGUUCAAAGGCACGGUCCUGAACAGUGGGAUAAUUCUGAUAUUGAUGAGUUCACAUUGCGUGAUGCAUCUAGCGCAGCCCAGCAUGCACUUAAAAUGGCCAAGUUCAAGAGAGAGAAAGCCCAGAGAUUGCUUUUUAGAGCAGAUCUGGCAAUUCACAAGGCCAUGGUUGCUCUUGCAACUGCAGAGGCAAUGAAAGAAUCUUCUGAGGACUUAAAUGGUGAUGGGUAGAAUGACCUAUGCAACAGAGAGUCUAGGAGUGAAUGAAAUUAGACAGCGCCAUUUUCUUGGAGCUGAUGAAUGCGUGAGAAUAGAUACCGUUUUCCCUGGAAACGGGUGGCCUGGAGUUGCCAUUGACCGAUCAAGUGGAGAGGUUCCAACAGGAAAGCUGUGGGCGUAGAUUUUUGCUUUUGCUACAUAUCGUGGCAGUUCAUUAACUUCACAGCUUUUUGGGGGCCCGUAGGUUCUUUUUAAUCCCAGCAGCAGUUUACUCGGUUCGUAAAAACGAUGUUUUGAUCCUGCCAGUAAGCGGUGCAUGGAAUUUAGGCUGCUGAUAUCUGUACAGAUUUUUUUUUUCUUUUGGGUCCGUGAUCUCUUAUUUUGUUCGUUUAUUCCCCCUUAGCCUUGAUAUUGUCAUAUCACAGUAGCUGGUUAGCUCAAAUAAUACAGCAUCCCGUUUGGAAUCAAAUUGAGGUUUCCUGUGUGAUUGAAAUGGUUGGAAUUGAUAGAUAUAUGUAUGAAAACAAAAGCGUACGUCUGAAGUGAAAACAGAAAAUGCUGUAAGUAAUUAUUAUUAUCUUAUAAGAUGUUCACAGAGAUUCAUUAGAGGUCAAAA